GUGGCGCGAGGAGCGAAAGAGAAGUCCCAGGAUGAGAAGUUCCAAAAGAUAGCACUAAUGCUGGAUCGCGUCGUUGCAGGUCACCAGAGUGCUAUGGCUUCGGAAAGGAUAAGGCUCCAGGCACUUCGUGGUAUGGCAGAGGGCGAAAGUGUUCCAUCCUGUUCGGAACAGGUAGAAAGUUUUUGGGACUUUAGAUCAUCGUACAAAAACUUUGAAGAGCGGCUGUUUGAGAUUUAGAGAGACCAGAUCCGUACGAGGAAACGUGAACUGCAUUUGCGAUCAUGGUCUACUCUGUCAUUCUGAUAUAAUCAUAGUCUAUCAUUGUGCGACAAGGUAAGACCUACGUUUAUCCUUUCUGGCAGCUUUCAUCAAAGCUCCUUUGUCAGCUGCUUCAUGUAGUCUACACACGCAACAUCAUUGCUCAAGGUAAUCGUGCAAGGGCCAGAUUAUAGCGUGCUCGAAGUUUUGGGUCGCCUGGUUGCAGAAGUUCCGGAAUUAUGGUCAGCUUUUAUUCAUCUAUCUCAGCAUCUCGGUACCCUUUACCCAUGAUUGUCUACAAGGGUAGAAUACAAGGGUAUAGGCACCAACGUGAGGCUUGUCCUCCAGUGACUAUGCAAGUGAAAAGCACACUCUAAUAGGAGAGUUUUGUUCUCCAGUGACUCUGCAGCACCUCCUUGUUAAUGUCGCGUGGCCAACAGCUUUCGUGUUCCAAGCCUAUGUGGCUUUACUGAAGGCAAAUGACGAAAAAAUGAAGAAUGGGUCCGGCGGAGGAUUGAUGGGCGGGGCAAGUCCAGGUCUACACGCGGCUGAGGGAUCCGAAGACGAGGCAGUGUUUCCGAGGGAGGAGUUCUACCGAUUUCUUCUCAAUGUGCACACAAAUUGCGGUCGUCGGUUGCUCUACCAGGUGAAGGACAGCGAUGCGUCGCCGGGAUUGUCGCUAGCCGCUGUUCGCGAGAUCCUCGCUGGCCUUUUGCAGCUCGUGCGAGAAAUUCUAGCGUUCGAACGGGAUUACACGUGGUUACAGAAAAUGUACUCGCUGGCAACUGAGAUUGUCGAGAGUGUACUGCGGCACCACGAGAUCGUGGUGGAGAAGAAUGCGCCAGCCUCCGCGAUGGCAGUGCGCUACGUGGACCCAGAGCAGGCUGCGUGGCUUCGCGCACAACCCGUCUUCGAGGAACUUUUCGAGCUGGCUGCUACUAGCGUACUAGACGACGGCACCAGAGACCCUAUGUGGGCGAAAGUUAGGCUUUUUCGCAUCUUUUUUCGGGACUUGCCACAGGGUUUGUGGCCGGCAGUGGGACAGUGGUUGGCUGCGCGCUACGUCGGAAUAGCAAACCCGGAAACCGUAGUAGAGAACUUCUCGCGUGCUGCACUGAGGGACGCGCAAUGGGCUACACCAGUCUUGUCUUACAUAGCGCAGAGACGGCGGAACUUUUGUGCCAGCUGCGUAUCUAAAGGAGAAUCUCGUCAAAAUAAAUCGGCGAAUGAACGAGACCCAACGGAGGGAGGAGGUGCUUCCGGCUCGCCGCCGAACUACAGAAGCGCGAGUGAAAGUGCGAGUCCCAUGCACGUAGCCCGGUCUCCAAUCGCAGGAGGAGCCGUCACUUCCCCAACCGCUUCACUAGGAAGUUCUUCUGGAGGCGGAAACGCAGCCGCAGCUGGAGCACGAGCCUGUCGUGGCUGUGGCACUGCCCUGUUUGUGACGGGUCCGAACCACCUACCUCCGCCCCGCACAGACGAAGACGAAGAGCGAGCGAGUAGGAGCAGCAGAUUCCUCUUCGCGGUGAAAGGUUUUUUGUUAGACAAGGACCGACACACCUAAUCGCACUUAGUAGGGAUUGUCCUUGUGUUCAGUUUCGACUGUCUGCAGGGCUGCAGCGACUUUGAUCGCUCCUUUCUCUCUGGAAAUAUUUUCACAAUACCCGCUCUUACAUUUAAAUCGGAAACAUCUGACAACGGAACGCACUCCCUAAGAAUACCUGUAGAUACCCAAAGUCACCUCGAGCUCGUAUUUAAACAAUAAGUACCUAAGUUAGUCUGCUGGUCGCCUUGUUAAACGCGGUCUAGUCCAUUCGUUAAUAUUUUCACAAUACCUGGCGUUGUAUUUUUUCUGAAGUAGUUUAUAUGCCGUCUUGGGCUAUUCCCUCUUCUUAGGCUAUUCCCUUUGAUUUAACCAAUACAAAUGGACACACUUCUAAUGAGUUGCUCCGUUGCAACUGCAUAUGGUAAAAAAAUGAAGAUUAUCUGUACAUUUACAUAGAUGACACAUCAAUGAAUUAUUUUCUAUAGUAUCUCAGAGUCAGCUGUACUGGUUUUAUUACGUACGUCGCAGAGCAAGGUCUUGAAGUUGAUUAUUACAAUGUUACAAUGUCACUCGUCGAGCAGCGCAUCAUAAACAACAAAAGGAAUAUCUAGUAUAGAAAACGAAAUUAUGGAUUUUUGGACAUCACUGACUGAAGUCCAAGGACGAACAAAUCGGAUCAGAUAAAGUGGUAUGAUAACUCUGUGUAUGCAGGUGCUACCUAUCCAUCCCGUUUCUACGUCAAAGAAGCGUGAUUGUAUCAAAGGCGCCUACUAAUCUGAUACAUGCUCCACUGAGCACUUGCUCUUGCCGGGCUUCUUCGGCGAAACAAAGCCAUACUUGUUGUAUCACUAUCUUGCUCCAGUGCGCAACACUGUGGCAGGGUGUGGCACGUCUGGCGCCUGAUUUAUUGCGUCGUUUCACCUUUUUACAUGUUUGUUAAACCUGCGUCCCGUGCAAUUUGGAUCGUCGUUUCAAUGCCGCGUUUUAUUCCAGUGUUGUGGCAUGCUCGGUAAGAGCUGCGCCAGGCUGAUGCUCGGAGCGGGAAACGGGGAAAGGAAAUUGUAGCUACAGCUGGAUGGAGUAACUUCUCAAAAAGUUUCACCAGACAGCGAGACCAUGGCGACCAAAUGCUAGACCUAAGCGCUCGGCAGCACUCCUCCCACGAGGAUCCUCUACCCUCUGCGCGCACUUUCCUCGCCAUGGCGUGCCCCCGCUUCCCCGGCUCCUGCCCCGCGCGAUAGCCCCCUCGCGGAGUUGAUCGGUGGAACAAAAGCCGGGCUGCGGGCGGCGUGGGGCGGCGUGCGGCCAUUGAAUUUGAAGCGACACGCCUCGAAAUCGUAGGGCCGGGAGUUUGCUUGUCUUUUGUGAGGUGCGGCCAUCUUUACGCGAAAGCUGACGCUUUCAAGUUUCAAACUUUAAAAAUUUUUCUCCCAUGGUUUCUACUAGCGCGGCGGCCUCCUCGAGGUGCGAGCACCUACCCCCGACUAUACUCCCCGCCCGGAGUCGUGGGGGUGGGACGCCAUGGGCUGUAGCAUCUUUUCCUUUUUUUCAGCAUUACUCAACCUCAGCAUUUAAAUAUCAGGCGUAUCUUCCUCUUGCGCCUUAGUGCGUCCUCGGCUUUGUGCGGCUCGAUGAGUGUGUGAGAGGAGAGAAGCUAGCGUUGGCCCUUUCCUGUUCAACGUGCUCGACAAGAUCAAGAUCGUGGGGCUUCUGGCACAACUUUCUUUAUUGUUUGUGAACACUAGGACUGCUCAUUUUCACCCUCGAGGUGAUGCGUUUUUUAUACAAUUCCCGGCCUUGAGCCAAAAUGGCUACGGGGGCGGAAGCUUGGCGUCAAUCUUUGACGUCAGCAAUCUGAGGUAGCGAGGUAUCACGUGCUACAGGACCUCCUUCGCCUGCGUUUCCAGCUGAUCCCGGAAUAGAGAGCCACAUCUUCUACGAGAUCACUGAGCGACACGUCGCAACUUUGAAAGGAUGCAGGUCGGGUGGCGAUUAUGCAAAAGCGUUCUAGCUAUGCUUGUCGUGCAUGCUCGUCCAAGAGGAGAAUGCUUGGAAGGAGUGGAUAUCCAACAACGGCCCGAGCAUGAAUUUUCACUACAGUCGACAGUGCUCGGGCAUGGGUCUAGCUAUGCAGACCGACUAUUGGGACUUGGCGAGGAAAAUGAGGAAAGAAGGAAGUGCAUUCUUCCACAAUUUUGCUCUGCGUUUGAUUUACGCCUGAGAGACGGCGAGUAACUUGGAUGCCGUUGGAUCCAUGGGAGUAAUCGAAAACACAACCAACCUCGUUCAAGCCUGUCCAACAUCGACACGGGUGCCCCACAGGAUGACACCUGGGAACAAGCAGGCUUCUUCUGCGUCUAGUAGUUCCAGCAGUAGUAGUAGCUCGGCGGCGAAGAACAACAACAGCUACCACAAAGGAAAGGGGAAGCAAGCGGUGCAGCAGCCACACAAAGGCGACAAAAGAAAAGGCAAAAAGGGGAAAGGUAAACAGGAAGACGGUGGAGCAAAAGGGCCACCGCUGAAGAAAGCCAGAAAAAAGGGAGAAGCAGCACCAGCAGAGGCAGCACCGGCGGAAGCAGCCGCUGCCCCUGAGGAAAACGGAGAAGAACAAAACAACACUGAGAAUGUUGCUGAAGAAGACUCUGGCGAAGAGCUCUAACUCUUAUACUUGGCUACGUGGGAAUAGCCUACGUUUCUAAUAUUGUGCAACAGAGUUCAUUCAUCCGCAAUCACAACAUGCGUCGCGUUUUUUCCGUAUUAUAUUCUUUCACCCGCUGGAAUAUAGUCGAACUUGCAACCACUAUUAUUAUGGUAGCCUACACGUCAUUCAUUAGGUGGGGUAUAGAUUAAGGGGGGACAUGAUCCAGCUCCCCUGUUCUGCAAAUGAUAAGAGUAAGAAGAUGAGGAUGAUGAUCCUGGUAUUUUCAUGAACAUGAAGAUCAUCAAGAACAUGAACGCGAUGGAACUCAUUGCGUUUGCAGUCAUAUGGUGACAAAGAUCACAGCACUGAAGUACCAUGCUGAUGAUGUGGAUCCUUAUCGUGUUACUUAUGAGCAAGAAGGUCCACACAUUUGACAACUUUGCAACCGCAUGAGAAUCAGGCAAAACCUUCACGAUUUGCACAACUGAAACAGGCCGGGAAUUAUAUAAAAACGCAGCACCUCCACCUUGAGGGUGAAGAAGAAGAUAAAAAGUCCUAGCGUUCGCGAACGUAUAUAAAUGCAAUUUGUCUCCUUUGCAUUUAACUAAAAGCCUAGCGCUUAACUUUUUUGAGAUUUAUGCUUCCUCGAUAAAAUCGAUUAUUUUGCUAUUUUCAAAGUUUGAACUUGAAACUUUUCAAAGUCGCAAACUUUUUAUUUUUAUCAGCAAAGAAAUAGAUUUAAUAAAGUCCAGGGUGGCGCGUUGUAGGCUUCAAGCUGAAGGCUUGAAGCCUCAGGGCCGUAGCUCCUAAGUUCAGAAGUUGCCUACAAGUAUACCACGCCAUGCCCCUGGGUUCAUAGGUUUUUCUUGGGUUGAGAGGUCAGGGGCUGACUGAGAGAUCAGGGGUUGGCUGAGAGAUCAGGGGUGGGCUGAAAACUCAGGGGCUGGCUGAGAGAUCAGGGGCUGACUGAGAGAUCAGAGUUUGGCGGAGAGAUCAGGGCUUGGCGGAGAGAUCAGGGCUUGGCGGAGAGAUCAGGGGCUGACGGAGAGGUCAGGGGCUGACGGAGAGAUCAGGGGCCGACUGAGAGAUCCGGGGUCGAGGGAUCCGGGGUGGGGGGGAUCCGGGUUGGGAGGGAUCCGGGCUGGGAGAGAUCAGGCUUGGGAGAGAUCAGGCUUGGGAGAGAUCCGGGCUCGGAGGGAUCCGGGCUGGAAGGGAUCUGGGCUCGGAGAGAUCAGGGCUGGGAGAGAUCUGGGUUGGGCUUGGGAGAGAUCUGGGUGGCGAGAGAUAUGGGUGGCGAGAGAUCUGGGUCGGGAGAGAUCUGGCUUGGGAGAGAUCCGGGUCCGGGCUGGGAGGGUGGGAUCAUCCGGGCUAGGAGAGAUCAUCCGGGCUAGGAGAGAUCAUUCGGGCUAGAAGAGAUCAUCCGGGCUAGGAGAGAUCACCCGGGCUAGGAGAGAUCAUCCGGGCUAGGAGAGAUCAUCCGGGCUAGGAGAGAUCUUCCAGGCUAGGAGAGAUCCGGGGGGAUGCGGGGUGAGAUCCGGGGUGACCGAAAGUAAGAGAUACGGAGGGGCUAGGAGAGAUCCGGGGGGGGCCCAGAAGAGAUCCGGAGGGCUAGGAGAGAUCCGGGGAGGCUAGGAGAGAUCCGCGGAGGCUAGGAGAGAUCCGCGGAGGCUAGGAGAGAUCCGCGGAGGCUAGGAGAGAUCCGCGGAGGCUAGGAGAGAUUUUCGGGCUUUUGAGAGGUCCAGAAAGAGUUCGACUCAGCGGCGAAGAGGCGGGGUUUGGAAAGCUCAGGCGCUCACGCGUUCACGUGUUGUGUUUGUCGGUUCGUUGGUGGAUUGGAAAAGAGAGCGGAAAAUUUUUUUACGGGGGUCGCGUGUUUUUUGGUUCGUGUGUGUUUGGCUGAGAGAUUGGAGGGGGCGUUGUUGCUUUUUUUUGCUCUUAAUAUUAUCUCGGGUAUAGAUUGAUACUGUAUUUUUGAUGCUGGUUUAGGUCUUGAAGAAGUGUAAGCGAUGGGUCCAUCUACUGACAUGAAAAUAGAGGCACAGGCGGUUAGCGUGCUCCCCAGUGGGUCCCUUCAAAUCAAAUGUAAACGAAAUUAGUAUUUUUAGAACUUCUGAAAAAAAAUGAUAAAUGCCUUCUUCCAGCUUGUUGAAGACCGACGAAUAAAUGUUAUUUGACAUGACAUAGGUAGGAAAAAUGAGGAAAAUUAGACACAUUGCGAGACCACCUAUUUCCAGUCACAAUCAAUAUGUGACUUCCCCUUUCCUGAAUUCAAACUUUUGCAAUUGAGUUUGAGGGGCAGCAGAGUUAGGCUCGAUUUUGGGCUGCAGUAUGAAGAUGAUUUCAAAAUAGUGAGGGCACAGGUAUUCCUUUCCUCUCUUGGGGCGUCGUCAUAUUUUUCGACUUCUGUCAAAUCCACCACAAGUUUUGGUUGCCGUGCGGUCCGGGGCUCAAUGUAUGUACGUGACGUGUGCCCCUCGCGCACAUCCGUUGAGCGCCCCUGCCCACCAGCCAGAAGACUGCGCUUGCUCUCGAGAUAGUCUCGGUGUUCCUUUUUUUCGAUUUUUUGAAACAAGAGUAAGCUGUCGAUGCUUUCAGACUAGAGGUCACCAUUACAAUCUUAAUCACACAACUGAUCUGCGAAAGCGAAAGUCUUAGUCCUCUUUUUUAUAUAUAGUCAUAUUUUCCAUGAUGAUGAUAUCCUUACAUUGUAGACGAGCAUGCGACAAAGAAGUUUUUAGUCACCUUCUUCGCGUUACAUCAAUGCACUUGAAUUGUGGAGGAUUUGGAUUUAUUUCAGUAGAAUAUCAUACCUUUCGAGGCGGAAAGAUCGAAGCGAAACAUCUUUUUCAUCUUGAUCGGUAUUUUUCCAUACGACAAGAGUAACCUGGCAGAGGCAAUCCGGAUUCGCGAUUAAUGGUGCUUGUGCCUCUGUAGUGCAAGUGUGUUUGUUAGACCAAGCACUGACUGCGGACGGCGAAAAGAGAUGCGCGGUUUGUACUGACUUUCGCUUUCUCCAUACUGAAUUAGCGCGAGAGGACUCCCUUCGAUAUCUUCGCAUAGCAAACUACUUACCUUCCUGCCAUGACUUGAACGGCUACUUACGCUCUUGUAUGAUCAACGCACAACAACUUUUUUUCUUCCGUAGAUUAAAAUUAGAAGAUAUGCGAGAAACGAGAUAAUAAUUAGUGAUACACCAUGUCUAUACCACUAAAAUUCCCCGGAUCAUUCAAAAGAAUGGCGAACUUUUAUCCGUGACUGUACACAGGCUCGCCCUUAUAGUGGGGAAGCAAGAAGGCAGAGCAGAAGGCUG